GGUGCAGUCCAAGAUCGACGAUAAAGUCUCCCAGAUGGACGAGAGUACUGCUUCUACACAACUCUCGACAACCGAAGUUAACAGCCUAUAUCUAGAGGUUGUCCAUCCGGAUGCCAAGGGCCGUAUCUAUGGUGUCGGCACCUUGGCAUCUCAACUGGGCGGGGGAGAAACUUCUGCUCCGGCGAUUACUCACCAUGUCGCGCUAACGCGUGAAGUGGAAGAGUUGAAACGCUCCCAAGAGCGGACGAUUGCAGAACUGGCAGAGGCCCGGGCGAAGAUCGAGGAGUUCGAGCAACAUCGAGAGAAGCUACAGAAGCUCUCCGAGACCGAAGCGAGGAUCGUACGCUUCGAGGAGAUGAUGCAGCGCCUCACACCGUUCAUGCCGCCUAUAUUCGACCAGUAUGGCUUUCCGACGACAUCUCGGCAGCCAGAUGAUCCUCAGGACGAUCCGGAGGACGCACCUGCCAAUCUCGGCAAUGAUACACCGGUUGAUCCAUAGACA